UCUCUCGUGUUUGAAAAUUGAAUCGUAGGAGCAUAGCAAUGGCUUACUUGAGAAUCAGCAUUCUAGUAUUGUCCCUUGUCUUUCUGUCAUUUGCCUUCUCUGAAGCCAAAGAAGUUAUCGUUGGAGGAAAAGAUAUUUCUUGGAACGUUGACUCUUCCAAGACCCUGAAUAAAUGGGUGCAGAAUAAACGUUUCAGAGUUGGCGAUCAACUCAAAUGGAAAUCGGACAAGGACAGUGACUCUGUGCUGCAAGUGACAAAGGAAGACUACGAGAGCUGCGAGACAUCGAAGCCAGUCAAAGCAAAUGUGACGGAGAUCACGUUGGACCAGGCAGGGCCAUUCUACUUCAUCAGUGGGGUUAAGGAGCAUUGUGACAAGGGCCUCAAGCUCGUUGCGAUUGCUAAGCCUCCCAUACAUGUGUCUCCCUCACCAUCUCCGGCUACCCCUACAGGGCCAGUUGCAGGGCCAGCUGCACCACCAUCCACCAAUGCGGCAGCGGGCCCUGGGUUCAGUUUGAGUAAUGGGAUUUUGGGCUUUGCAAUUGGGCUGGUUGGGAUUGCUUUGAUUUGAUUUGAUUUGAGAGAGUGAGGGGAAGGGAGAUGUAAACUUGGAUUAGUAUAAUAUUGGUAAUUUUGAAGUUUCAAUUGGCUAUAGGGGUUUUCAAUAUGUAUGCUCAUUGCUCUCAAAUAACC